GGGUUAAGAUAGCAAUGUGCUGAGCCAAUGGCUUUUGCACAGAGCAGCUGGCUGGCAUCAGGACGGGACAGGCCGCUCUGAGGAAGGAUACCUUGAGGACGGCUCUUCUCUGCUCGCUGUAGGACACUGAGGGUGACUUCCAGGAGGUGUUCAUGGGAUGCACUAUCUACGCAGCCAGCCCUAAGGCCCUGCCCGCCGACGAGGCCCCAGGCCAGGACAGAUAUUACCAGCUCCCCCACUACCGCCACCCUCAUGGUAACUGCAGUCAGAGGAUAGCAGCCAGCAGAGUCAGGGCCAGGAGCAUGACUGAGCAGCAGGAGCAGAGCGAAGAAACAGGCCUGCUCUCGACACAGGACCUGGACCCCUCCAAGCACGACGACGACGCACACGGCCACUUCAGGUUUCACCUGAUUGAAGAUCUGUCUUAUGAAGAUGUGAAGAAAUGUUAUCGGGGCUCGUGUGUGUCUUGCAGCAGCUUGCUCCAGGCCUUGGAUGUGCGCGAGUGUGUGUGUGUGUACGGUGCCAACGUGCUGAGCCUGGUGCAGAGCUCGCGUCCUUUGAGGGAGAGGGUGGUGUCUGCGGCGACCGGAGCCGGUGGUGGUGGUGGUGGCGGAGUGGCCGGUGCUGCUGGUGGUGCUGCUGCUGGUGCUGUGCAGGCAGGCCGGUCCACCAAGGAGCUGCUCAUGACUCUGCCCUGUCCCUCUGCACAGACUGUCAGCAAGUACAACUCGCAGUACCACAAACUGUUCCAGUGCGUGCCCAAGGAUGAGAUCCUCAUGAAAGUGUACUCCUGUGCACUUCUCAGAGAUAUACUUCUACAAGGUCGCCUCUACAUUUCCAGAAACUGGCUGUGUUUCUAUGCCAACCUCUUUGGCAAGGACAUUAAGGUGGCUAUCCCUGUCGUUUCUGUAAGACUGGUGAAGAAGCACAAAACAGCGGGACUCGUGCCCAAUGGCUUGGCUAUCACCACAGACACCGGCCAGAAGUAUGUAUUUGUAUCUCUUCUAUCAAGAGACAGUGUGUAUGACGUCCUCCGCAGGAUCUGCACACACCUACAGGUCAAUGGGAAGAGUCUGAGCUUGAAGCAGUUCAUGGAGGAGCCGACUUUAUCGUUGGACGAGUUCCCGGCUACGGACGGGUUCCCCGUGGUCGAUGAAUUCCCAUCAGUGUUAAAGUGGAGAAGGAAACCCUCGGUGGUGUCUGUGUCCUCCUCCCUUCCUGAUCUCCUGGGGAACUCUACCAGCAGCCUGAGCCCCGUAGACACGCCUUUCAAAUCAGAGCAGCUGCUGGAAGAGCGAGCUCUGCAAACAGACAGAGGUCUUUUAUCAGAGCCAGUGGCAGAGCUGAGCCAGAUGGAAUACCAGCUGCUCAAGUUCUUCACCCUUCUUAUUAUUCUCCUCAUCCUGUCGUCAUGCUACCUGGCUUUUCGUGUGUGCAGUCUGGAGCAGCAGCUGUCCUUCCUCAGUAACCCAAAUCUGCCCCUGAGAGAGAGGUAACCACUGCUCUCCUUGCUUUGACCCAUCAGCUGCUGUUUACUCCCCUCAUGCUUGUUGAGUUGAUGUUGUGCCCUCCUGCACAGAUCCAGGACCAGCUUUAGAGCCCCAGAAAAUAUCUAGAUCAACCCCCGCACCAGCCCGCAAAACACGAAGGAGCAACAUCAGCCCAGAUCCAGGAGGAAUUUAUCUUCUCUCCGUGGAAUGAGCUCCGACUUAGUGAUCACUUCCAGACUAUGCAAACAGACUGCCUAUUUAUUCAGUGGGUUUUACUGUAGAUUAUGAUCGUCUACCGCGGCCUAUCCCUCUCAUGGACACUUCAUCCAUAACCACAUGACUCUGCAAUGUAAAGCUUGUUAGCCUCAAAUAUUUGAGAACACUGAUGAAGUUUUGGAGCGGUGAUGGAGACUAGAGGUAAGGUUGGAAAUGUAAGAGAUAAUUAAACGCGUUAAUUACUUGAAAAGGUAAAGAUAUUUCAGGUGAGUCGCCGUGACUCAUUCAUUAUUAUUCUGGACUAAACUUUAACGUUUGGUUUCUCUCUGGUGGGAUCUUGCCAUAACCCUCAGUAGGAAGGCUAAAACCAGCCGCCAUGAUGCACUUUUUAAAAAAAUAUGUCUGCGUUAUUUCACAUGUAUGUAACUGUUUUAAGAGUUUAGAUCUAUUUUUUGCUUGAUGAUAGGUACUCAGUUGUCAUUUUUGAAGGUAUUUAUGGAUGUUAUGACUGCAAACACUUGACUGAAUGAAGUUACCUGUCAUUUAACUGUAAUAUACUGGAGUGAUAGCACUGCUUGUGUGGGUGUUGGCUACAAUGUGAAUGAGAUGGUUAGAUGACAUGCAUCAUUUUUUUUUGUUUUUAGUUGUACUAAUUCUGCUGUGUGAAAGGAAUACCCAGGGUGUUUUCUUUUAUACAUUUCAAAUGAAGUCAUCAGAGACACGUUGACGUCCUGAGCGUUCGUGUUAUCUUUGUCUGAAGAUAUUUGACUGAUUUGGCGCACAUGAAUUAAACUGGCGAUGAAAUGUAGAGAAGCAAAAAAAUAUAUAUUUGUGGCUUUAGUA